GGCAGUGAGGACGAGGAGAGGCUGGUCCGGGAUUUGUUCCGCGGAUACAACAAACUCAUCCGCCCCGUCGAGAACAUGACGCACAGAGUGGAUGUGGCCUUCGGGCUCGCCUUCAUCCAGCUCAUCAAUGUUAACGAAAAAAAUCAGAUCAUGAAAUCGAACGUUUGGUUGAGACUGGUGUGGAAAGACUACCAGUUAACUUGGGACGACGCAGACUACGGUGGCAUAAAUGUGCUCAGAUUGCCGCCCGACAAAGUAUGGAAGCCGGACAUUGUGCUUUUUAACAACGCCGACGGCAACUACGAGGUGCGCUACAAGAGCAACGUCCUGAUCUACCCCAGCGGCGAGGUCUUGUGGGUGCCCCCUGCCAUUUAUCAGAGCUCGUGCACGAUCGACGUCACGUAUUUCCCGUUCGACCAGCAAACAUGUCUCAUGAAAUUCGGAUCUUGGACAUUCAACGGAGAUCAAGUUUCCUUGUCCCUUUACAAUGAUAAAGAUUUCGUUGACUUGUCGGAUUACUGGAAAUCUGGAACCUGGGAUAUCGUGGAAGUGAGUAGAUAGACCUUCAAAUAAAAUACAUUAGAUAUUUUUAUUCAAGUAGCAACAUAUUUACGUGCAAAAAGUCAACUCGGUUACACCAACACAGACGCAUUACUUAUUUCUUAUUUUUCCCGCUCUUAUUCAACUUUACUGCUCUAAAUAAUUACUGUACGUUUGUAUGCACAGGUUACAUUGGGCAUUUCCAUUCUCCUGUCACUGGUUGUGUUUCUGUUGCUGGUGAGCAAAAUCCUACCACCAACGUCGCUAGUGCUGCCGCUCAUAGCCAAGUAUUUGCUCUUCACCUUCGUCAUGAACACAGUCUCCAUCCUCGUCACUGUCGUCAUCAUCAACCUCAAUUUCAGAGGCCCGAGAACUCAUCGUAUGCCGAACUGGAUCAGACUCGUGUUCCUGAACUACCUGCCAGCGAUCCUCUUCAUGAAGCGACCGAGGAAGACUCGUCUGCACUGGAUGAACGAGAUGCCAUCAAAUCCUAGCGGUGUUCCCCAGCAUCCGCAAUACACUUCACCUCAGCUGUCCAAGAGCAAGAUGGACAUCAUGGAACUGUCGGACCUGCACCAUCCGAACUGCAAGAUAAACAGGACGAACGCUUACGACAGAGAGAUGAAUCGUCGCGGUUCAGAGGGCUCAGACUCGUUAUUCAUGACGCCUGAAGCCUACAAGGCGACGGAGGCCGUAGAGUUUAUCGCCGAACAUCUGAGGAAUGAGGAUGAGUAUAUUCAGGUUCGAGAAGACUGGAAGUAUGUGGCGAUGGUGAUUGAUAGGCUCCAGCUGUACAUUUUCUUCACUGUUACCACAGCGGGAACCAUCGGCAUACUCAUGGAUGCGCCGCAUAUAUUCGAGUAUGUCGAUCAAGACAAAAUUAUUGAAACUUACAAGGGCAAAUAAGAACGAAAGUCAAGACAUAAGCGGGACAUCCGACGCUCUCGACCCAAAGUUGAAUGUGUGGAAGAUUGUAGCUUAAUUUGAAGUGUUUUUUGCUCGAUAA